AUGCGCAAUUCGGUUACUGAGCUGGUAAGUAAUAUAAUAUAAAUCAUGAUUUGAAUGACAUCGUUUCAUCUAUUGAAUUCAGGCUCAGCAUGAAGAAGCGCAUAUGCCAGCCACAGAAAAGGCUGCAGAAGAAGUGUUCGACGAUAUCAACCGAGUGUAUUUCAAAGAAUGCGGAUUCGACGCAAUUGGAUUUGAACUAGAAGUAAGACUAAUUAAGUUUAUGUUAAUGUUUAGAAGUUAAUCGGUGAGGAGAUUGAGAUAGAUGAGUUGGAAAGAGAGAGAUUCAAAUUGAAAAAGCAAUUGAAAGUCGUCUCGAAUAAGAUCUCGGCGUUGAUUGCACAGAAUGCCUCGGCUUUCUGCACGCAAGUCCAACAGUUUGAAGAUGUUCGUUCUGAUGCUGGAGGAAUGAUCGAAGUGAUUACCACAAUAAGAGAGUAAAGCACUGAUUGAGCAUGAUAAAAUUUUUAGGAUUUUACAAAAGGAAAGGAUAUCGGUUAGAAAUUCAUUAGCCAUUUUGGCCAACAAUCGACGACAGCAAUGGCUUGGACAUCUAAAGGAAAAUAUCCUUACUUUUAAUACUCUAAUCGAAUCCAAUCAACGGGUAAAAGAACUGAUGAGCGUAUGUAUUUGAUUUCCCGUUUUCUAAUUUAUAAAGCCAAGUUUACUGUACUUUUUAGAAAGGUGAUUUCCCCUCUGCAAUCCGAUUAUGUGUAGAAGCUAAGAAUGCGGCCGAUGAUUACAAACGCUACGAUGCAAUACGGUAAAAGAAAACAUUUUUUAUUUACUUUGGUAUUUUAGUGAUUUGUCAGUUAAUCUGGCAAAGCGGUUAGGCUCCAUGGAAUCUCAUAUCGAUGAUGCCUUAGCUUCGAUGACUUUAGGUUUUGACGAAGAGAAGUAUCAAUUUGUGUAUUCGGCAUACAAGAUGUUGAAUAAGAAUUCAGGAGCUGCUCAGAAGUUGUUGUCCUUUUUCCAUGCGACUCUCCAGACCUCGGCUCGAAGUGUAAUUGUCGAAUUUUUGAGCAGGACUACAGAAUUGGAAAGUCUGGAGGAGAUGUCUUAUGAUGAAUUAUGUUCUUCAAUACCGCAAGAUUUUGUGGUUGAAUGCUCACAAGAAUUGGGAGUCGUGCUAUGUAAAAUAUUAUUUAUUUAUCAUCGAAUUCUGAGGUAUCACAUAGAGGACGACAAGAGGCAAUUGAACUCCUACAAUGCGGUAGAAGUUGGAUUAGAAGGGCCUCCGAUUGGUGAGUCACACACAGGGUUACUGUAUUCUUUAGUCGAGAAGGACGUCUUCCAAACAGUUAUGAUCGAAGGUUUAUUCGGGAUCUUUGAUACAGCCGCCGAGAAAUACGACAGAUUGUUGGCUGUUCAAGACUUUUCUCAUCUCAAGGUGGACAACUUCUUGAAUGUUUUGGAGAUGACGAACAGAUUCCGUAGAUUUGGGAAAUCCUACUUUCAAAAUGCAUAUCACAAUUUAACAGGGACAGUGGAUAAAAUGAUGGCAUCCUACUUCGAGAGAUAUCACAAGAACAGAAUGGAUGAACUAAAGAUGUUCUUGGAAAACGAGGCAUUUGCCUUGUGCCCAGUUCCACUGCAAUUCACCUUUUUUGAUCUUCCGGUCAGUUCAAGUGCCGUUUAUUUAUAUUAUUUUUACAGGAAUUCCAUUUUCUCAAAGAAUCGACUGAUCCAUUUGAUGAUAAUGAAACCGUAAAUCUUCGAAAGUAUCAGAGAGAGACGUCUGAACUUAGUGAAUCUUUGAUUCUUUUGAAUUCGGAGCCGCAAAAUCCUUUUUUGCCUCCGGUCAAAGAAGAAGAUGAAGAGAUCAGGAUCGAAGGGCAUACUGCGAAUGAUGGCAUCUCAACAUCAUCGUCUGAAGAAUCUUGGUUAGCCUAUGAACAGACUAAUUCCUGUUUACCAUUGUAAUAUAAACUUAAUUAUUUCAGUUAUAUGCAAGACCAGGCUGGAAUGGAGAACUCUCUGCCUAACGUUUGUAAUUCUGCGCUCAAUUUGUUGAAGAUUUUUGGAAGAUGUAUUCAGAUGACUUCGAUGUUACAUUCUGUAGCCGAUCAAGUUCUGAAAAGCAUUGUUCAGCUGUAUGAAUAUAUAUUUUAUAUGGUAAUGUUCCAAUAAUCCCAUUACUGUCAUAUUUACAGGUAUUCGAAUUUUUUGCUAAGGAUCCCGCCAAUACAAUCUUGGAGUUUAAUUUUUGCACUCCAAGGCUUCAGAAUACUAUGAAAGAUAUUUGGCAACGCCUCAUUCAAAGUGAAGAACAUGAGCAUGAUAAAUAUCCGAUAUGUUAUCCAUCUCAGUGCAUACUUCGAGAUGACCGGGAAACGUUGUACGGCUUGUCGGAGAGGAUUGUGGCCGUUGAGAGUGUUAUUUUCUUGGCAAAGCAGCUGGAACUACUUCGACCCGUUCUCGAUUCGUUGCUACCGUUAAAUAAAAAGAGUUCAACUUUGCAAAGCUUUUACAAAACCGUAAGUCGUCUACUAUUAAAUAAUGGCAUGAUUUCGUUUAGAGUCUUUCCGCCACUUUUGAUUUGAGAGAUGCCGUUUAUGGAUGUGUUGUUUCCAAGUUUAUUGAUCAUGAGUUAGUGAUAAAAAAGAUAAAACAAGUGAAAUGGGAUAUCAGCGAGAUCGUCGAUCAUCACAGUGAUUAUAUACAAUACAUCUCGAAGGUAAAGUACGAGAACUAAUUACUUUUGGUAUAGGAAUUGGCAUGGAUCAAGGAUAAAAUCGAUUCCUUCUCGGGUCUUGUGCACAUUUCGUAUGAAAUCAGAAGUGUAAUUUGGACACAUGUGGCCAAGACUUUGUUUAGAACUUUGGUACAAGGGUAUGUUUAGUUAGUGUUUAUUGAGAGCAUUCAAAGUUAUUUCAGAUAUUCCGAAGUAAGUAAAAAGUGUUCGAACGAAGGCCGAGCUCUGAUGUUAUUGGAUACCGAGCAUUUGAAUAAAGACAUUGAAUCUCUGAGCGGCCUGAAGCCAGUUCCUUUCAAGAAUCAUGUGGAAGAUUACGUAAAAGCAUAUUACCUUCAAGAAAGUUAUUUACCCGAUUGGAUCUCAAGACAUUCUGGAGUAAGUAGUGAUGUGUAUAAAGCUGUAAUCCCAUUUAGGAAUACACUUCUCCCCAGAUCAAUGCAGUACUAAGUCAUGUAUCAAGAGCCGGGAAAUCGCGUAUAAUGAAUAUUAUUGAGGGGAAAAUCCUCGAAAAUUAG